UGAUAUUUUUGCUUGAUUGUUUAUCGAAAGGUCACGCAAAGACGAGGAGACGCAACCUUACAGUCUUCGUCUUUUACGAUUUUUUGGUGAUUCUUCUUGUCGAAGUGCACGAAGAAAUCCUUGCAGACCCAAGCAAUGGCUUGUGAAGGCGUGCAAAGGAUGCGCAGUUCGAAUUAUGUUCCUCCUGAAAUCCUUCAAAGGCUCCGAUAUUUGGAUUGUCAUUUGUGAUGGUAAAAAAGGGUAAAGAUAUGAUGAUCAUGCGAGCCAUUCAGCCUGGUUCUGAGUUUACGAGUUUCUAAAAAUCUUUGGAUAGAAACCGUAAUUUUUUCAGUAACGACUGCCGAAUGGUUCGUGACAUCAAAGAGUCAACAUCCGGAAAUCGAUAUCUACAAGUUGUUCUCGAUUUAUGGAGACAAGACAUCUUGAAUGUCAUCUAGUUCAAGCUUCCAACAUCAGUAACUUACUCAAGACCACGGAUUUAAAGGGAGAGUUAUUCUAAUCAAGCUCCCGCUACAAAGGUUUCCAUCUUUCUGCUAAAGUAGUUCAAAUUUCACUAGAAAUUGCUGCAGAAGCUGACUGUACUUCUCUCUGAGACCUACCAGAGACUGACCUUUAGGUGAACCAAAAAACAGUAAAGAAUGUUGACGGCUGAAGAGCAGCGUCCUCCAGCGGACGAGGAGAUAUACACGCAUGUCGCAGCGGAAAUUAAACCCGCGUAUAGGUUCCAGCUGACAGUCCGGGAGUUCGAUUUCGGCAGAUUUCGGAACCGCAAACCUCGACCGCAGCCCAAACCAAACGAACGGACUUAUGCGAAUUUUCAAGAGCUGGACUACCUCAGAAAGAACGUGGCGGAUAAGAUUGCAGAUCCAUUCUGGAUGGGAUGCAGGCUGAACCAGUUCAGUGAGGAUUCAAUCGAUAGAGAUGACAUGCGAGACCUCAUCUUAUCGAGGCUCCCCGUUGGUAAACUGUACGAUGUAGGAUGUGUACCAGAGUAUUUCCCCUAUCUGUUCAAUGCGCAGUUGAACCCGUUUUUAGAGACCCACCUUACGCACAACAAAGAGUAUUUUCCAAGCGCGUUCUGCAUUCGGGAGGAGGAGCUCACGCCGUAUGGGACCUCCCACGACAUCGCACCGCGAACGCUGUGGGCGUUUCAGACAGCGAAGAAAAAAUGGGUGAGCUUCCCGACACUGGACUAUCUCCCCCCAAGGGUGAGCCAGAUGCUGGCAGGAGAGGGCGGAUUGGUGCUUCUCUGCGGAGAUCCACCUCCGUGGGUCGAUCCGCAGGCUCCUGAGAUUAAGACUGAAUCAGAAGCAGUGCAAGCCGAAAAGAACGACGAGAAGAAUGAAGAAGCAGAGACCGGGCCUGAGGAAGACGAGGGGGAGGAAGGUGAGGAGGAGGAAGGGGAGGAGGAAGUAGAAGAGAAACAACCAGAUCCUCCGAAGCUACCGCCCCCUGAACCUAGAAUCGACCCUAACGGUCAGAAACUGAUCGUUGUCUGCAACCCCGUCGCACGCACGUUCAGAAUCCUCCCCGACAUGCACUGCCAUCUAGAGAAUCUCGUGGGGCACAUCGACGUGACUCCCACGUCGGACCAUUACGUCGUUUACAUCGUGGGCUACCACCCCUCGAUUAGCCAGUGCACCCAACAGAAAGGACUCCGCGUAGGCAUCUUCAAAUCCAUCAUGGGAAAGUGGCGCAUCUUCAGCCUUCCCGAGGGAAGAUUAUACCAACCAGGAAUCUCGAACUACAACCGCGCUCUUCCGCUUAUCACGAAAAACAUCGACACAACCUCGAUUUUCCUGUCGGGGACUGUCAUCACGUCACAAGCUAACAUACACCAGCCCGUCAUCCUCAGCUUCAAGAAAAAGACACGCUCCUGGGUGGCUUACUCGUGGCCACCAGCCUCCGAAGUUGAGCAUCCCCAGAUGGUCGAGUGCGACCAGAAGCUCUACAUCUGCGCGCGAGGAGUGACCUCGAAAUCCACCAUGACCAUCUGGACCUUUCUCUUCCACGAAUUUAGCAACCCAGAGUGCAAACAAGUGACCAAAAUGCCCGGUCCGCUCUUCACGAAACUGUUUCCUUAUUGGUACCGACUGCGGUCUGAUUACGACGUCGUCUCCAGCUCUUGCACCAUUUCGUUUGCGUGCCGCGACAGACCCACUGUGAUUGCAUGCUACGAUGUUAAGAGGGAUUCUUGGUAUGAGCUCCCACUCUACCAAGGCUACAUCCAUGGUCUCACCUUCCUCGGCAACUGGCGCUUCGAGCCCGCGGCGCACGCACAAGUGUGAUCCAUAGCCUUAUCAGAGAUGAGUUCGGCCGACAACUUUCCAUAGUUGUUUGCUUUCCACAGUGGAUACUUCCGCGUAGACAUUGGCAAACGUGUUUUGGUGAAGAUGGGUUGAGGUUGUAACAUAUUUUUGCGAUGCAAUUGUUGAAGUAACUUGAGGGAAUUCAAUCAAUAAACCACGUCGGAAGCUGUGUGAAAUGUUUUGAAUGUG